GGAUCGCAUGCUCGCGUCGUCGACGGUCGUUUUUUCCUUUUGUUUGUUUAUAUUCCGGUCAAGCGGUCGGAUCAGAACUAAAUAACUUCCGAAUUCCCGCUGCGAAGUAAGAAGAGCUAAACGCGCGAGCCCCAUUCAUCAUCACUUUUGCUGACAAUCGAAGCAAGCCUGCGAAAAAUCCACUGAACGCCCAAGGAAGGCUAAAUAUGUCAAACUCUGCUGCUGCUGCUCGGGACAACCAACUGUUAACGAGAGGCAACCAAGCACACUCUAAUCAGCAGAGGAAAUACUUGUGUGACUAUCGCUAUUGUUCGGUAAUUAGACUUAAACUCGUCAGGUAAAGCCCCGCCCUCGUCGGACGCGUGAAGUGGAUACGGCGAAAAAAUAUUUAGGAAAGCCGAACGCCGCGGCAUUUGACGGAGUUUGUACUCAAACGAGAACGUGUCAACAAAAACAAUAGGUACAUGCGGUGUGAAACAGUGUGCUAUAAAUCGUCAACCUAACGAAGCAAUCUGUCAGAAUUAAUUUGCGACUGUCAACGAAAAGUGAAAACAUUUCCGUUAUUUUUUUUAUUUCGAUUUAGUUCUGUUUUCUUGUGCUGUUGUGUUUGUAUCAAAGGUUGAAAAAAUACGAGUAUUUAUAGUAGGUCGAUUUUUCUGGUCAAAACUAGCAAUUUUUCCACGGAUCAGCUGCCAGUGUUAGUAGCGUUGUUAAUUUGAGAAAUUAAUUUAUCCGCGAGUGCUCGUGUUCAUACGAAAGCGACAAAAGUUUGGAACCGAGUGCUGCUCUCUGGAAUACCAAUAACAACAACACAUCACACACGCACGCACACGCGUACAAAGUGCUCCAACAAAACAGAUCGGAGCAGGCGCAGACGCAUCCCGGCGGCCAGUUCCGUUCAGCAAAAAUCAGCUGGAACGAAUCGCUCGCAUCGUCAUCGCACUGUCAGCUCUCAGUUGGCACGUCCGGAGGAGUAGAGUAGGUGAAACCCGACGGCAGUGACGAAAGCGAACGGAAUAGUCGGAACCCGCUCCCUGGUUUGGCGCUAGAAGCAGUACGGCAGUCGGCUGCACAUUAACAGAGGACUAUCAGCGAUCGUUCCAGAAUCCAACGCCAGCUGAUUCACUCAUCUUUAAUCAAGUCUGCAUUGCCGCAGCGAGCUUGAAAAAGGCAAAACGAAAACAACAAACGCAUAAAUUAUUCCCCAAUCGCCCCGAAACUUGGUGCCUGUUUGAGAAAAAGAAGAAAACCGCCACGCCGAUUGUAAUCCAAGCAACCCCGGUGGGUUUGAAAAGUGUACUACAACACGCCGCCUAUUAAAACUCUGAUCUUGCACUGACGCGGAUAUACUCGAAAGCCAAGCCGAGCCAAGAGAAUUUCAACGAUAUUGUGAUUUUUACUAGAAGAUAGUUUCGUGUUUGAAAGCAGUUUAUUUUUAUUAUUGAAUGCUGUCAAAUCCAAUCGUCUCCGAAGGAGAAGAAAACGUAAAAUUUAAACCGCGCUCUUCGAAAUCAGAAGUUUAAAGUUCACGACUAACGACGAAGAAGAGGACAAAUCCAAUCUGUGAUUAUUUUUUGUUAAUAUUUAAAGAUCGCUUUUAAUCAACGUGAAAGUUACACGCACACACGCCCGAAUACUACCUUCCUUUUCGCCUUUCGAUCGCAAUCGAAGCAGUGAAAGCGAAUCAAAGGCAAAGAGAAGCAGAGAAACGCUACCAAGUUUAUUACCUGUUGUUAUUAAUAUUUAAAAUUUCGCGAGAAAAGGAGAACAAGAAGAAAACCGGGCAAAAUGUUCAACUCCAACCUCAGCCUGACCGUUCCACCCCUGCUGGGCAUCGACGGUGGGGUGUGCACCACACCCAGGACACCGGAAAUCCUCAACUCGCUGAUGGCCAUGACAAACCCACUCGAGUACUCCUACCCAGUGGCGGCGGCUGUGGCGACGAACGGUUCCAGCAACAACACCACCACCACCACCACCUGUAGCAACAAUCCCGCAUCACAGACAUCACACGACAGUCAUUCCAACAGUUCCGACUCGCCCCUGGACUCACCGGCCGGCCCCUGCAGGACUCCGAGCGUACAACAGACCCGCUCGCAACUGAUCAAGGCCGGUGUGAAGCUGCUGAUCCAGAGUAAGCGUAAACACAGCGGUUGCGAUUCCAGCGAUGACAACGAAUCGUCUAGCUGUGGGGGUGGUGGCGGUGGAAGUGAAAGAGGAAGAAGGAGUAAUGGUGGCCCGAAGCAGAAAAUGCGCCACGAUACCGACCUUCAAACGAGCGAAGAUGAUGUGGAAAAUCACCGGACCACCAGUGGUUGCUCCUCAACGGGCGGUACCGGCCGAACGGGCAGUCCUCGCACUGGGUUGACACCGGAGGACGAGGAUCGUCGCCGUCGGCGUCGGGAACGCAACAAAAUUGCUGCCACCAAGUGCCGGAUGAAGAAACGCGAACGCACCGUGAAUUUGGUCAACGAAUCGGAAACACUGGACGCACAGAACAAGGAGCUGAAAUCACAGGUUAGCGAGCUGGAGAAUCAACGACGAAAGCUGAUGGAAGUGCUGCAAGCUCACAGUCCUACCUGCGUUCACCAGAAAGGUUACCAACCACUUCCUAGCCUGUCUACCAUAACGAAUAACAAUUGCAAGUUUUUGAAUGACCUUAACUUUUUGGAUAAUUCUGGUGAAAUCAAGUAUUCCGAAUGUCUCAAAUCGGGUAGUGAGUUGGGAGAAUACUCCAAGCAGGAUAACACGUUACCUCCCGGCUACUGUAAGCUUUCCCCAACCGAGGUGAACUAUGGAACACCAACCGACGUUAUGGAUGUGAACAGCUACGCUAACCAAUCACUGAAAUCCGAAUACAUUCCAAACGGCCAAGAACGAACCCGCUCGAAACCUGGACCAAAACCACGACAACGAUCGGGAGCCACUGUGAAGCGAACGGUUACCGUGAGCACUACAACAACCGUCACGGAAACCCUACCGCCCGCACCGGUUACUCUACCCAGCGCUGACUUUAUCCUGAAAAAUGAACUCAUCGACACUAGCAGUCCGUACACGACUAUCCAGUCAGCCGAUCGGUUCCUAUUCGAAAAUUCCAUGGAUCUGUUUAACAACAACAACAACGACAGUAAUACCCUGGACGGCCAUCACACCAACGACAGCGACAAGCUAACUUCACUGGCCGUCAAAGACAACGCUUCGAACGCUCUGCUAGAGUUCAGUGCCAACUUCGAUACCGCCAUCCUUAAACCGUCGGAGUACGCCAUGCUGACAACCAAUCAGCCGCAGCAACAUCAGCAGCUUCAACAGCAGCAACAGCACCACCAGCAGCAACAUCAACAACAACAACAGUGCCAUCUACAGCAGAAUCUAGGUCUGCUACUGCCUCACCAACAAACCCUCCACAACCCACACCAGUUCUUGUCGCAUUCAUCCCUGGGAGGUGCUAUCGUAACGAACGAUUUUCUGAUCCUGCCCGAGCACGACGGUGGCGAAUUUACCGAUCUGGACAGUGGCAUCACGUCCUACGCCAACAUCAAUGGGAGCUGUCUGGCGUGACCUUCGUCCUUGUCACCACUGUUGAUGCUGUAAACCUCGUUGCGUUGCGCUAUAGGUAGUAGCUGCAGAUAGAUAGUAGCGGCCAUUCUGAAAUGUUUUCCCGAUUUUUUCCUUCGUUUUUUGAUGGUGUUUGGCCAGCUCACUCACAGUAGGCCAUAUUAUGUAGGUAUAUAGUAGUAGCAGGCUUUGCAUUUUCGUAAACGAUAUGUUUCCACAACCCACUCUCGCAAGUUACCGCGUAUUCGUUUACUCGUUUUAAUUUUGUUGCUCGUUGUGAAUGUGUGAAUGCGUGUGUGUGUGAGUGGCUUUUGUUUGCAGAUAGCUUGGUAUAUAGAAACUUUUGAAAAAGAUGCAAAAGAAACUUACGCGAUUCAAUUCAGCUUAGCUGACCCGACGAGGCCGCUGGCGCAAAUGAUUGAUGGUUCGUCGCUUGAUGAUUGUUGUCAUCUUAAAUAUAUACAAAGAGUCGCUACACUGAUCAGUACGAAAAGAUUUUUUGUCUAAUAUCAAAACAAUGUGAAAAGGUUGAACAUAAACGAAUCUAAUGGUGAUUUUAAUUGAUUGUUGAUUUCUGAAUUGGGUUUCAAUGGAUUUAAAAAACACCGGGUAUGGGUUCAGGGUCAAAAUCAUCACAUAGGAAACCAAAAUGUGUAAUUGCAUUUAUUUGUCAAACCGACGAAUUUUUGAAAUUGCCUUGUUCGAUAAGUUAAUCAUUAUUAAAUUAUAUUCGUUGAUUUAUAUGAAGUAUUAGGUAAUUAAUCGCUUCUCACACGCUAAGUUGCUAUAUGCCACUCCCACUUAAAUCCUCUUUGGUUCUUUAUAGCUUCACUUAGUUUCUUACCGAUGGUCUUGACAAUAUGUCAGAGAUUCUGAAUCGGGGUUUUACUUCGUAGUACUAUAAAGAACAGACGCCUCAUGCUAAAAAAAUCUUUUGUAGUGUGUAUGUUUUAACCUUGUACAUCCCACUGGCCUUGGAAUUAUCAAAAAAAAUUCUGCAUGCGCCUCAAUCAUCCUAUGCAAAUAACAUAAUCUCGAGAUGUAGUAGGUGUUAGCUCUACUGAUUUUCCAAUGAGCUAUUGAAUAAUGACAUAAACCUAGCGGACAUUCAGAGACCAUUGCAUUCAUGUUGCACACGAUUGGAUGUUCUUAUUCGUUUCUUGUGCUUACGGAUUGCUAUUGUAGAUCGAUCUCCAUCGACAUCUGAUUCUUUUUUGAUGGUGUUGCUUGUUAGUUUGGAAGCAUUUGGGAUAAUCGUUGUAACUUCGCCGUUCUUAAUAGUAGGCACGAUCGUUGUUGAGCUAGUGUUUGUUAUGGCGCGUUGAUAACCGAUGUUGGUUUAUUAACCGAUUGUGGUUAAGCAUACGACGACUGUGUACUGGUCUUGGUCGUAACAGCUGGAAUUCCCUUAACAGCCUCCGCGCAAGGUUUUCCCUGGUGUAGCGGCUGAUCACAGAACUGGAAUCUAGGAAUCUACCCUGAGUGCGUGACUCAUUUUCGCUGAAUGAAUGUAUAACCUUGUGAUUUGCAGUUGAUGGUCAGGUAGGAGGGGAUUUCGCCUUCACCGUAUUUUGGCAUAUGUUUCUUGAUAAUGCCAACAGUUGUACGCGGUGCCAGGUCAUGUAGCUUUACUUUCAUAGUAUCAUUGUCUAUAUAUGCUGGGAUGCUGUAUAAGAUGUCAUUACAUUCGACGACGUGUUUCACGUUGUUCUACGAAGCAAAUGUUUCUGCUUGACUAAUGUUUUUGAACCUAAUCAGUAUCUCAUGACGCAGAUGGUGGAAUUUCACAGCAUUAAUUUCUGCUAUGUUGAGCUUCAAGUUCACCUUCAACAAUUGCUACACUUCACGAAUCGAUGAUCUUACCGGACAUUUAGAAAAGUCAACAGUCAUCACAGCUCGACCACAUUGGGAAUCAACUGGCUUUGCAUUAUCACUUAUUGUUUGUUAUCGUUUCACACACUAAGUAGUAUGAAUCGAAUAUUUCAUUUGCAACUAGACAAAGCGGCACACGGCACACGUAAAAUGGAUUGCCUGGUCUGCUAUAACAGAAGAGCGAUUUUUUUGCUUCGGAACUAUGCAAGACGAGAAUCCGAACUAGUUUAGUUUAAUUGUGUUUUGCAGCUUCAAGAAUACUUUCUUACGCCCUAGCGUCUAUCCGCGCGAAACGUAUUCAAGUCAAUGCCGAAGGACGCUGCAUUUUUUUCUAUCGUCGAUAUGUACACACAUUCACACAUUGAGGUAAUUGUUCGGAAUAUUGCUCUCGCUCGCUCAAUCAUGGUUCUUACUUGCGCAAUGCACACACACCUUUGCAAGUCGAACGAUGAGCGGGCGACGGCUUCGGAACUAUCGUAAUAACGAGAUGCUGACAUGCACACAUCAUCAAGCUCUUAUCAUGAUCAGAGUCUCGACUGUUUGUUGAAGUUUAUUUCACGCUCAUUAUAGCUUCUUACGCAUUGGUGCACGUUCACUGUGUUUCUUUCAAGUAUACAUAAGCUUCGAACAUUUUCAACGUGUUGGUGUCCGUUUAUUUAUUCAUACAUCGAAGUAUUAUUCACACACAAGUUAUUUUUUAAAAACCCAAAUAGUCACAAAUUUUUUCGCCUAACCUUCCAACGUGGGUCCAAAAAUGGACACCUGCUGAACGAUCUGUUGGAGGUCGUUCAGCAUUGAUCGUUGGAUUUUAAAACACGAUUAUCUUGAGCUUUUGUCUAGAGUUGCAAAGCAUUCUUAUUUUAAAGGUCAUGCCCUUAAUUACGAUGUUAUAGGGAAUUCUCCUCAAAUCACUGUAAAUACAAGUAAAUUUUUCAAUGUGUGUAAGAAAUACAACUGUUGUUUUGAAAUGCCACCAGCAAGUAGCAACUUGCCACUAGCCUGUGAACGAAAUCCACUUUAUUGUCAUGGCACCACUGUAACACCUCCAGGCUGUAGUGGCAGCUUGUCACAUCUAGCCAGAACUUUAUUGGGCCUUUGUGAGCCUAAAGGAAAGAAAGUAUACAUUUCAACAGAUACUCUGCCUUAUAGAGCUUUGAGUUCAUUGACUUUUUUGGCGAGGGGAAGAUGGAAAACUUAGUUUGGAGUCUGUAGCUGCAAAUUUCUUGCCAUGUCAUCAGUUUCUGUACAAAUUAAUUGGUAAAUAAAAAAGCUUGAAUUUGCUGGUAAACUUGUGCUGUAGUCAGAUACAACUUUUACUUGGUUUUUGUCUUCCAUCUUGCACAACUUUUAACUAAAGUAUCGCCACGAAACACACGUGUAUUCUCCAAACUAAUCGGUGUCAGACUUCCAAAUCCUACCACUGGAGGUGUUGCUACAUAAUUAAUAAAUUGUCCUGAUUCUAAGUGCAAUAGCCAUCCGAUUUCUUCACCCUCGCUUAACAUUUGUAACUGGCGGGGUCGUUACUCCCAGCACUUAUGAGACCCCCUCUACACUUCUCAGGGAAGGUUUGCGAUCGCGAACUAUUGCCAAGAAGACACUUGUUUAACCUUAAAGUAAAACCCACUUUAUUUCCGGAUAUCGAUGUCACUUUUACUCUUACACUGGUUGCGCACUUUUCCCACUUCCUUAGACUAAGCCUACCUCGGGUGCCGAUGCUGGCACUACAGCUGCUGUUGAUUCGGGGCCUCUUCUGCUACUGUGACUCUUCGUCAUAACCGUUGCUCGUAGCUCGCAGGCACGCACUUUCUAGAAGUUUGCUAGUGACUUUCCAAAACUUUCGUGUCGCUUUGUUAGGUGGUUACCAGACUAAUGGCGUUCUUAGUCCUGGUCGACCUCGAACCUCGACCGUUGACGUCUCAGUCGUCCAAAUAUUCCGCCCCAUUCUGCCUCUAUAGCUGCGUGGUUAUCGCUACCCUCCAUGACCGCCUACUUCGUUCGAUAUGCGCUACCAGUGGUGGGUGGUGGAAACUAUUGCAUGUUGUGGAUGGCUGCGUGCUACGUGGGUGUUGAGUGGGCUGCUUACCGUAAGAUCUUACAUUUAUUUUCUUGACACUAACUACACAUAUAUCUACACGGAUACGAAAAACUACCAAAAGUUGAUCUCGUUUGACUCAAUUUCGGGGUAUCGUGGAAUAAGGUAAAAUUAGGUAAACCGUGUUGAAGGUAGUUUCCCUUUAACCACGGCAAAACUCACAACUCAUUGAGAGAUUUUUUAUACUCAACAUUGAGUUAAAUAUACUUAAAUUUAAGUUGAAUCUACCUAAUUUUGAGUAAACUUCAAACAACUCAAAAGUACCUUAUUCCAUGGAAGACCCGGACUGAGUCGAAUCUCUCUCUCUCUCUCUCUCUCUCUCUCUCUCUCUCUCUCUCUCUCUCUCUCUCUCUCUUUAUUUUUGGCAACACUAAUAAGUGCGAAAGCGACGCAAAACUAUCGAAAUUUAGGUUAAAAGAACUUAUUCUGUGGGUUGGUUUAUUUUUCCGUGCACACAAAUUUCGAAACGCAAAAAUCUCAACAGUCUUGGGCGAAACUAAACCACUUGUUACACAUUUAAACCAGUUUUACCGGUGCAUUAAAGCUGGUUUAAAAUUUAAGCGGCCCUUAGUCAAUUUGUUGACACUGCUUUUGUCAAAUAACGUCUCAGGCUACAAACAGCGUGUAUAGUUACUAUACGCAUAGUUAGGCGGACACAAAAGCCGCAAAACUGGCAGCUCUUAUUUCAGGAAGAAACCACUGGCAUCCCAUGCAAAUGUUCAAGCUCUAGCGUAACAGUUUGUUGACGUCGUCAGUAAGAACUUUACGUGUACGAAUAGCAAAACAAAUUCGAAGAUAUGAUAUGGUUUCAUACUUGUGCGAAUUGUUACAGGAAAAAUAUUGUUUAUUUUCGUUUAUCUACUCUCGAUAGCACAAGGAUAGUGUAAAACAAUUAUUACCAUUAUCACAAUACCUUUUCCAUAUACAUCCGAAUAGAACAUGUCAUGCUCGAUUGGCUCCGGCAUUUGACAUGUGCAACUGGCUCCGCUCAGUGUCUCCGCCUAACUAUGAAUAUAGUAACUAUAUAGCGUGGCGGCGAGAUGCUCGAACUGGCACUCGGAUGCGAGAUGAGAGAAAUUUGCCUUUCAACUAAAACAAGAAAUGGUGUCAGAGUAGAAGCCAAAAGCAAAUUGACAGGUUUCUCACAUCCAAAUGUCAGCAUUAGCUCCAGCUCGGUAUUUCGCUGCCACUCUCUUGGCAGCCUCUAGAGCACGUUCCGUAUGUCAGUCAUAUUUUUUUAUAUUUCGUUUAUUUGACACGGCUCAUAGCGGUAGCUUAACGGAGCCGUGAGUGUUUCAUGUGUUUACAUGUUAAAAAAAUGAUUAUCCGAUGGAUUUCGAGCGCGCAACCUUUUAUUACGAGCGGAGAUCUUCUUUCGCGGCUCGCCUACUGCGUCAUGGGGAUUAUUUAAUUCUCUCCUGUCCUUCACAUCAAGAUCAUCAUCUUUAAAAGUGUCUUGGUCGUCUUGGUGCUUGCGGGUGACCAAACCAAAUUAUUAUUAACUUCUUCGCCGAUGUUGCUUACAGUUGUUUUUGGGGUGCUGGAUGCUGCCUUUGUCAUUUGUCAAUAUGGACUGAACAGCUGCCACAAAUUUGGCAACCGUUUGCGGUUCAGGUAUUCCCAGUGAACGACUAGGCGGGUUAAACUAAGAUGCUGGCGAUCGGUAGGCUAAUGAAACUUUGUUCUAGGCUAUACACCGUGACUUGCCGUUUACUGUAGAAGUAGUGUGGGUUGGUAUUGAAAACUCUGUUCUGGGUUGGUUUGCCGUGGAUGCGUUGACAAUCGGUAGGGAUGCAUUCUCCUUUGUAUCUUCCCCGCAAGGUUGUCCGUGGUGCACUAUCUGAUUACUAAAAUUUGCAUAUAAGAGAUUGCCGCUAAUGGGCGCAUAACGUAGUUUGAUUAAUAGUUGCUUCGUAUAAACGAAAAAUAUAAACGAAGUGUCAAAAUUCCGUUCAGUAAUUUCCGCAAAGCUGAACAGUUAGUAAAAUUUUUCAACUGAUAGUUCAAUAAUGUGGCUUUACUUUGUGGUUAUGUUUUCUGAGUUUCAGCAAAACAGACGUCACAUCUACUGAAAUCUCGGUAAAAGCUUUGCUAGCUUAAUACUCGGCUGUGUAAAACUCGGCAAAAGUUGCGAAAAAAAAACAAAAUUAAGUGUGUAGGUCUUUCGAUCCGCAGCCUCACCACAUGAACACCGUUAGGUGUACCCAGGAAUCAUUUCCUCCACAUAUCAGGUUUAACGGAUUCUACUUCACCAUAUCGCGGCAUGUAUUCUGCAAUUAGAUCAGGAGGGGUACGUGGUGAUAGGUCAUGUAGCUUUACAUCCAUAUAGUCUUUUUCUAUAUACACGGGAAUCUUAAUUCCAAAUGUAUCACUGUUAGCCACGUACUUCAAGUUGUUCUGCAAAAGGAAACAUUCGGCUUGGGCAAACGUGUUGAACGAUAUCAAUACCGCAUUGCGUAGAUGAUACUGAAGACAGAUAACCUUCUUAAGCCUAAGCUGCAUCUUCACCUUCAGCAGGUAUUCCACUUCACGAAAACUCGAUCAUAUUGAACAGAAGUCAACGACAACAGCGUUGGGUUGGAGUCAACUUGACUCAUGAUGAUUAAAUGUUUCCUUUGUUCUCGAGACAGUGCACACUAGAUCGAGAGGUUGCUAGUUGUCGUUCACUUGGUUCGAUUGUACGUCUGAUUUUGGCAGAAGUAGAAAGAAAACUGUCAGUCAUAAUUAUUAAAGGGCCGUGCACCGAAUGGUUAAUUGUUUACAAUUUACAUGGAUAGUAAAGCCCCUAUAACUCUCUAUAAAGACUCGGUAUCUCAAUCGAUUGGUUAAAAUUUAUCUGUCAGUGUCACUAGAAUCGAACACGAUAACUGCCAAUGCCAUCGUUCGAGCAGGACUGCUAUUGACAGAGAUGCAAGUAUUUUGAGAUAAUUUUCUUUUUCUGGAUGACACCAGUUCUCGAUUUUGAAUGCAUUCUUAAGAAAUUUGAUAUUCAAAAUACGCAUGCGAGUUCUGAAAUAUAUGAGACCCUUGACUGCUUUACGGCAACCCCCUCUAAAGCUUUAAGAUUUAGUUAUCUCCUGCUUUUCUACGGAACGUGUACGAAAAUCAUAGUUCCAAACGACCGUAACUUGGAAACAUCUGGCUUCUGGUACUCAUACAGCUAAUGUAAGGUAAGGUAAGGUGUCCUGACAUAGAAUUAUUGUGCAUUCCCUAGAUGCGCAUUGGACAAUGCUUAAUGAUCCGUCAAAUUGAAGCACCUAACCUUAAUAUUUUGCUUGAAGAAAUCUCUCUGAUCUCUUCAGAAUCUGGGAAUCCUAUAGCAAGCCUUUCUUAAUUUCCCAAAAUAAGCUCUGAGAGAGCAAUGGUCUGUUAAUGAGUCGAUGAUUACAUUUAGUUCGAGUUUGCGUAAAGCGAGGGAUCCUUUAGUCUUCCUCUAUGGAUAUUUUAUAAACUGGCUUGAUUGAGUACGAGGUGAUAGGUCAUUGAAGUGUUGGCACCAAGUCAUCGAUACACCAGUUUGGCUUUACCAAACCGUAACGUGGGUGGUGUCGCGAAAGCUGCCGAAUAUGGGUUGAGAGCAGCUUGAAGCAACAUCUGAUUGUGAUCUAAAUGUAUAUAAUUCAAUACAACAUGUAUUAGAUUCGCCAUCGAGCCUAGUUUAGCUAACCGAUCAUAACUAGAUUCACUGUUCUCCAUUCACCCACAUCUAGAACUUUAAGGUUCCAUAAAUCUACCGGUAAAUACCAAUAUGCAUUCGAAGGGGAAUACGUGAUGCCUUCAAAAGGUUUGAAGGAGUACAUUAAAUUAUGCUAAGUUAAAUACUGCCCCUGGGAAUGAUAGACAAGCCACUCUUUGUACCUUUGAUAGUGUAGAUAGCGUCCAUCUGAAGACCGCUGGAUAAUGUAUUGGACGUUUUCAAACAGCAUGGGUACUGGAUAAACUGGAAACGUGAAUGGAGACUUUCAUAGAUUCCUCGCUUUGCAGGCAGGGUACGACCACCGUCGCCAGUGGGAUAAUCAUAUGUUCUUUCUGGGAUGUCGCCAUACCCAGGGAUAGCAUAAGGGUUAGUGCAUUGGGCCGGAGUCUCAAAGGUUGCGAGUUCGAGUCUCGCCUCUGGAUGGGGAAUUUUUUUCACAUGAUUGCUUAGCUUCACUCACCAUUUCCGAUCGUUUUUCCCCGUUGGAUACCACCAGUCCUAAAAAAUGAGAAUUUUUUCAGUCAGUUAAAAUACAUAAAAAAUAUCAACGAAUUCAGUAUUUUUUUUAUUAAAAACAAUUUUUAUUCUUCAAUAAAAAAAUGUCCAUCUUCCGCAUACAAUUCUGGAUCCUGAUGGUCAACUGCUUCGUAGUCUUGGCCCGCGAAUUAUUUUUGUAGACUAGGGCACUGAGAGAGCCGAAAAAAUCCUCAAUAGGACGGCACUGGGGCAAGUAUGUCGAGUUCCUUUCUUUCGGCACGUACGGUAUCUUUUUCUGCUCAAGAUACUCCAGCGUAAUAGGAAGACGCUUUGUCCAACUAGGAGACGUACUUCCCAUCCGCAUGAUGCUCUUUUAAGAACGGCAGAAGAAUUUUGUGAAGACACUCCUCCUGGUACAUUUGUUGAUUGAUGACCAGUCCGCUCGGCUUGAACCACGGCUUUGAAAUCCCUCUGUCCGAUAUAGCGAUGUACAGCAUAACUUUUUUUUUCCAAAUUUCUGCUUAAACUUAUAUUUUACUUCGGGGGGUAUGGCCGACUUGUCGCUGAAAUAGUAGCUGUCAUUUCCUGGAAUGUGAGUCUUUGAGAGCGGAAAGUAACUUUCGUCAUCCAGCACGAACGACGUCCCGCGGUAGUUCUUCGUCAUCCACCGGCACUGCGAUUUCACGAUCGCUAUCUGCUUGUCCGUGUACUCGGGGGACCGAGUCUUCUUCCGACAGAUGAUGUCCUCCAUCACGCAAGCUCGUUCCGUCCUUGUUGUCAAACAGUUUUUCCACGCCUCCAUCUUCUUCUAAGUCAUUAUCUUCGCCGGACGACCGCUACUGGCCUUCCGCUUUCCGCUCAGGGAUGCCAGGAUCGGGUAAAUUGUAAUCACGGGCACAUUUUCGUCUCGAAAGUGGUCUACCCACUUUUCACGAUGGUCAUGCGUUUCAUAAAACCGUACAACACGCUCGCAGAGUGCUUGCUGUUUCAAUGCCAUCUUCGAUUGAACUGACAGCACCCGAGCGAAAAGAAACUUGCCGCCCAUUCCUACACGCUCAUUCAUCAAAACUCAAUUUCAGAAAAAGUGCACGUAGUAAAAAAAUGAGUUUGCUUCGUUUACUCAGUUUUAAGUUUGGGGUGAAAAAGUUAAGUUUGAGUAGAUUUUACUCAAAAAGCAAAUGCGAAAAAUAAUCAAUCCGUAUUUUUAAUAUAGCAAAAAAAGAAUCUCACCGGCACUUCAAAUAUCAUUUUCUUCCAGGCGCUAAUGAUGUCUGAAAAUGUAAUCCGAGAACGUUUCUCCUCCUAUUUCAUGUAAAUCAGCGCCUCGUAGUAAUGGCAGAAACUACAAAAGACAAGAAAUGAUAAUUGAUUUGAAUAGGAGCAAAAUUCAGAUAAACUUACCUUUUAAUUUUGUGAAUGAUCCGAAUCGACUCUACAACUGCUAUGUCCGCGACUUUGUCUUUUAUCCAAGUUUUAAUCAACGUCGAAGUUCAUUGACUUUUUCUUGUAGAUAAGUGCUUUUUUCACUCCGAAUUUCGAAAAUUGAAUGGUUACUCACCAGUUGAGUUAAUUCUACUCAAAUAAAAACUCAUUUUUUGACAUUGUAAGUAGGGGUUUGCCCACUAGUCGGGUUCUUCUUUGCCCGGCGUACCCUUCUUUUCAGGGCGGCCUAGGUGCUUCUACAGAAUUUCGGAUUCUCGUUUCACAACAAAAAGUAAACAAAUAAACUAAAUUUACCAACUUUUAUUUGCUUCGUUCACUCUCCCUGCACUGCUAUACACGCUGAUAAUUAAUCGGCUGCUGCUGGCGACGCGCGGUAUCUUCCGACCGGCCGGGUCAACAACGGCCGCGUUCUCCUUCGGUCGUAUCUUCGUUGGCUGCUCCGGCAGCAGUCCUUGUCUUUUAGCUAGGGAGGUGAGCUUGGCUCCUUUGUUUGAAUCUCCCUAGCGACGGCAGUGAUAAAUCACCGGAUCGUCUACUCGCCGUAAACGAUCCCGGAAAUCACCGCAGUGCACUUCCCAGGGGGAACCUUUUUCUACCCUGCUUCGUUCUCCUUGGCUUUUAGCUAUAGUGGAGAGCUAGGCUCGUUUGACUUAUCCUCUAUAGCGAGAACGGUCGGUGUUUGGUUCCUUGGGUUUUAGCCGGGGAAGCGAAAAUGCUCCUUAACUGUUAGCUGUCCCACUUCGGCGAACCAACACCGCUAGUACACGAACCACGGGUCGGCACUUUCCGAAAGGAUUUUCACCGUCGCACACGCGCACUAAACCGUACUGGUUAUAGUGGCGGGAAACUGUCCCGAAAACAAACAAAACUAAUCGGGCGACUGAUCGAUGCCGUGGUCCGUCACUAUCUAAAAACUCGAUGGCCGCCUUCCUCACGACACGACAAAACAAACACCAACACCAAAAAAAUCGUUCCACCGCAUAGCUGUCAUCGCUAUGUGUAGCAUAACCAGCACACUUAUUUCAGCAAGAGGAGAGCGGUGGCCUAACUAAACCCUAUGUUACGUAUAUACAAAUGUUUAACAAAAAUUACUACACCUAUCUGAUCUAACAAAUACGUUCACACAAAAAAAUAUAAACAAAAUUUAACGUAAAAAGCGAACGAUCAUAUGGAACAGUGGUGAGCAUAACUAACGUAAACAAUACACUCUACGGAGAGAGUACGCACAAAUAGGUAUAUUUCCACCCAGUGCUAAAUUGUUACCCUGACGGGUUACAACAUAUUGCUCCUAUUUUUGAAAUUGAGUGUUCUGAACUCAAAUUUUGAGUAGUAUUGAAUGAGCGUGUAGGGAGUCCAGAGAGCAAUUCUCUUAGAGAAAAAAAUAUACGCUCUUUACUUUAAUUACAGAAAGGUAUUGAAAUCAUUCUCACUUUUUAUUGAACACCCGUUAAGGGAUAGGAGCUCUAUAUCAGAGCUCUGUAUCAGAGUUACAAAUAUUCAAAUUCAUUGAAUAAAAAUGUAUCGCAUUCAUUUUCAACAUUCAGUAAUGCAAGUAUAAACGUCAAACGAACAAACUGUCCGUUCUUUCAAUGCAGGUGUUGUGUUCGAUUAAUACACGAAGCAAUGAAUCGAACGCAUCAAAGUAUGCCCUGGUACAAUGUAAGCGAUGGUAAAUAUUAUUUUAUAUGCGUUACCAAUAUUUGAAAAUAUUUACUACACUCUUAGAAAAAAUGAAAAUUACAUUUAACGUAGACAAUGUAGCGACGUAUUUUUCUGUCUGAUGCAAGUAUUUUACAUGUUCUGAUAUGUAAAAUUAAAUUUUGUGACUCUUUUGAUGUAAAGUUACACGAUUUUUUUUGCUGUGUAAGAAAAUUAAUGAAAUGAAUAUUAUUGUACGGUAUUCAAGUGAAUGAAUAACAUUGAUUAUUGAAUGAAUAGUUUUUUAUUCAGCACUGGUCGCAUCAGGUUCAUGAGCGAGUAAAAGCGCUACAACCUUGGCUCAUUGGCCAGGGCAGGGCCAAAUACUUCUGUCCCAUACCAGGAACUUAGGACCAAAGGAGUGACAUUACCCUCUUAGAAAGUCGCUUCCAACGGUUUAUCAAAUCCACAUCAAAUUGAAACGGUCGGUACGGUUGUCCACGUUUCUUCCUUAUUCAAUGUUUGAAAUAAUUCCUUGAUUAAAUUCUUCAUUAAAUGAAUAAAUUAAUUGCCGUAUAAUUUUGAAGCAUCUUCACUUUGUACACUGCAUAGUUGGCCUGGUCGCUUUAAUGUUUGUGUCAUAUGCUACGUCUGUAAUUUUCCAGGAUCCCUACAUGUAUUGGCUGUGUAUGUGUAGACUAGACUAGAGAGAGUACGGGUCACAUCAGGUUCAUUUUCAGUAGUCAAAGCAGAUCUUCGGUUAUUUUUGACUCAGAUGACGGCAUAGUAUGGUCUCAUGUUGCACGAUAAUACAGCUUUACCAUACAUUACCACUAAAUCGUUCAAUUGAGUUGGAAAAACUCAACUUUCAUUUAUUUAAUAAAUAAAUCAAAUCACCUCGCUGUUACCUACUGCCGCUUAGCCGAAGACGGGUGGUAUUUUCCGAACAGCCGAGACAACAACAAUUAAGCUCUCCCUGUGUAAUCGUUGACUACUACUCAGCAAUUACUAAUUAUUCCACUGUUCGAACCUCAUUAACGACUGUGGGGACUCCGCACAAGGCUUUCUGGAAGUGUACAUUCACGACGAUGCAAUUAAGCUGCCCGAUUCACUUUCUUUGGCUGCUAGCUGUGAAGAGCAAUGCUUGUUUGGCUUAUGCACCACAGCGAGAGUGGCUGGUGCUUUGUCGAUUUUUGUAGUUAACCGGGAAAGUGAAAUUCUACACUAAAAAAAAUCAUUCACAAACGCAAUAACAAACCAAACUUAUAGCAAAAUUUGAACGGCACAGAGAAGUGGUGAGCAUUGCAUGCUGGCAAACAAAAUUCUAUCGUGAAUGUGAGUUAAGUUUGUAAUUUUGAACCCUGUGCUAAAUUGGUACCCUGAACGACUGCAGAAGGAAUGUCUACAUUUAACUCAUUGGGUAAUAAAAAGCGUUGAAAAUGUUGUCAUUUUGAUGUGGAACGCAAAAUAAAAGCAACGUCAAAGGCCGUGUCUCAUCCUUCAUUUAUCAUGCGGCUGUGUACAUAAUUGCACGGGAAAGUUUUAGAAGACAACGCGUUUUGAACUGGUGAAUAUUAGAACUGAUAAUUUUAACAGAAAGCUCUUAACAUCACCAAAGAAAGCAAUUUUAUUCUGAUUUCGCAAAAGAUCGAGUACAACAGCCGUUUUCGGACCAUCAAUCCACAAAUAUCUAAUGACCUACAAUAUCGAGCCUCGGUACUGACACCGUCCUGCCACCGUGGAUAAGUGUGGAUUUUAUCAUACCCUUUCCUUUCCUUCUCCUAAAGCAUUUACCUUUUGUAGUGACUACGACGAACCUUUCAAUACAGGGGCCUCUUUUCAAAAUAUCGGAUAAAACAGGCCUUGGACAGGAUUUCCAUUGUACUGAAUGAAAUGACACUCUGUUUACAUUAUGCGGUCAAAAAAAUUUCACCAAUUUUUAUAAGCUUGCGAUAUGGAGUGUGAUUACUAUAAACAUCGCAAAAUCUGAUUUUCAGAAAAUCUUUCGAAAGCGACGUGGAAAACCCGAAACUACCCAAUCUAUUUCAGACACACCGUAAAUAAAGAAGAUAGCUCAGACCUAAUCGAGAGUUGUAGAAGUCCCCCAUGUAUUUUUGUCUUUCAUUCAUCGCUCGUUAGUCAAACGAGAAGCAUGUAGAUGCUCGUUCAGACGGUGCAGUAAGAAGGUACUUUGAAUUUAGUUGCCCAUAUAAUUUUUGUUUAUUUUAGCGGAAUGCGGUAGAUUAUAAUAAUCGAAUCGCAAUGUUUAGUAUUUUGCGGGAAGUACGGUAGCAAAAUUGUUUUACUCGGUAGACUACCAACUGAUUUACUGUUUAAUGGCCCAAUAAACCCAGUUAUUAAAACUUAAUGUGUAAAUUUUGGUUGCUUUGUUGAUCUUUUUUUUUGCGUAAAGCUACCAAUAAUUUCAACUAUUAACAAUAGUAUUGAUAGUGUAAGGACCUCUGUUAGAUUUUAAUUGCUAGCCUUAAGUGCAGUCACGAUACAUGGGCCUUUAUUUUCAUAUUUUUUCCGUCAGCACUUCCGAAGAAGACACAAUCAGAGAUUUUUCACCUCAAAAACCUCGACGACCUUUAUCUAGUAUGAUGAGAAGCGUUCACACUGAUCACUCAACCACCGCCUGCACCGUCAUAGAUGGCUCCUUGUAUGGAUUAUCUAAAAAUGCAUAUAUUUGGGACUUAAUGAAAAAUUUCCUUGCAUGGCGCUGGAUUCAACCCUCACCAAUCGAUAUGUUGGAAAAUUUGACAUAAAUAAUGUUAUACAUAUCAAUUUGUUCGUAAUCCAAAACAGAGAAUUCGAACUGAAAUGUUUUCUCGAGUUCGAGCACGAAUAAUUAGCCGUCAUGCUAGAAAAAAAUAUAACAUUUACUUUACUUAAAACAAGCAGCUAUCUUUCCCCAUCUCUUCUUUGCAAAAAAUAUCUUUUAAUAUGUUACGAGAUUCUGUCAAGACUUAGCUUUUCAGUCCACAGCUACAGAUUUGUUGCCGAACAAGAUACUUUUUCACCAAGCUCAACAGUAUAUCUUUUUCACCUUUUGUGAUUGAAAUUUGGUGUUUCGGUUGAAGUUUAUUGUUUUUCAAGCAAAAACGGCAAUCUUUUUAAAAGAUGGGUUUUCAAUUCUUUCAUGUUCAACCUUUUCAUAUUUUUUCAUAUUCAAUCUUUUCAAAUACUAUCUGUCGAACGUGUGUAAUUAGUACUACCGAUUGGAACAUAUUUUUAUCGAAAGAGCAUUGCAAUCAGUGAUUGUAGGUCACGCAAAAAUGUUCUUUGUUUUGAAAAAUUUUCUUCAAAAAUCGUAGAAAGCAAAAAUGCAAAAUAUUAUUUUUUCGGACAGUCAUCAGACGCCAGCGGACCUAAUCGAUUUCCGUGGAAUGUUUUUCGAGUUUUACUGAUCGUUUGGAUGCAUUUGUAUAUGAAUGAGUAUCUCUCUCUCACGCUCGCUCGAAAUCUUAACUUAAUUCGCGAGUUUGUCUGUCCGACUGUGUGUAUGUGUGAAUGCAUGGGAAAGAGAAAGAAGAAACUAUUUUAACUUGUUUUAUACAGUAAUAUAUACUUACAUGUUGUAUGCCAACCAGCAGGAAAAAAAAAGUUUCUCUUUAUAAAAAAAACGGAUGCAUUCCUUAUUCGAUCAUAAGUUAAUAAUCAUCUCAUUUCAUUCGUUUUGUCCAACCAGUCACUGCGUCCCAUUCUUUCUCUUUCUCAUCUCGCUGUGUAUUUUAAAAACUUCAGCAUAAUGUGAUAUUCGCUGCCUACUUCGUUGAUGGACACACAGCAGGCCACGCCAAAAGAUGUGCGCACACCUCCAAAAUUUGAACACGUUCUGUGUUUCCGUUUUUUUCUGUUUUCCGUCAGUUUGCUGUUGUUUUGUUGUUGGUUUUUGUUGUUGAUUGUCCAUCGGCGAAUUUGAGACGAAGCCAAUACCUAAUAAUUUCAUCGCCAUUGGGCACCAGUGUCGUGUUCCACAACGCUUCCUUUUCAUAAUUUAUAUAUAUACAUACAUACAUAUAGGUACCUAGCCAUCUCGUUCGUUCAUCAGAAAAUGGUGCAGUUUUGCAAUCAAUCAAAAGUUCUAACCUCUUCCGCGUAAACGGUUCACCAAACUAAUUCAUGAUGACGAUAAUUAUAAUUAAUUUAAAAACGCUUAACCAUUACUCUUACUCGCCUCCCAAAACGAGGAGGAACAAAAAUCACAAGCAAAAAAAUGUAUAUUAUCAUCUGAUCUAAGAAUAAUAUAUGUUGAAUGAAUGUAUUUUUUAUAAAAAAAACACUAAUUAUAACUUAAUAAGUAAGGCAGACAAGGACGCUGUUCUCCCGAACGGAAAAGCUACAUUUGCCGUUAUUUAAAAGUCGUUUGUAUUUACAACGGAUUGUUUCUGAAAAUUGCCGGAUAGUCAACGCACAUAACCUGCAAAACCAUACUUUCGCAUUAGCCGUCGUAGCCUGCUUUGAUUGUGGCAGACCAAGUCUGUUCUUUUCCGUUCGCGGAGAUCCGCACACAGUUAGGGAACAGAACGCGCAGCAGCCUUCAAAAAAGUGACCAAUCAAAAUGCAAUCAACUUUAUUUAACACUUUUGACUUUGAGGUUUAGGAUUAGAGUACUGUUGAUGGAAGUAUAAGCUAUUGCGCUUUAUGUACACAAAACCGUAAAAACCGUAAAAAUAGACUAUUUACAAUCACCCACAAUAACAAUAUGCGAACAAGACACAAACCGAGCGAUAAUCCGCCAGAAUCCGAAUAGAUGGUCUGCUGUUGCAGGUUUAGCCCACUAUUUGAAAGCAAUUAAUUAUACUCUCAAAUUGUCAUCGCCAAAAUACACGAAAAAAUAAGAGAAAAGGCAAAACAGGACAAGAAGAAACAAACGCUAGUCAAAAAACAAAAUAACAGUCAGGAAGCGGCCGAUUGUGACAGCAGCACAGCAUUAUAUGACAAUCCAUUAUCGCCCACUUUUGCCGCCGGAUGUCGCUCUCGCCUUAUUUGAAACAACAACGCCUGCUUCGAUCCAUACACUCGUGACCACAUGCGACACUAGCAGCGAGUCGCACUCGUUAAGAUGGACUAGAACAAAACAUAAAUGCCUUCCUAUUUUCAGUAAUAGGUUAUAAUGCAUGUUACAAACAAAAAACAAACAAACAAACAAUAUAUACACGUAUACUAUUUAGAGCGAAGGUAAACUCACAGCUUAAUCGAAAUCAGCGCCUUAAAAUAUUAGAUUGUUGUAGAGCCUGACCAAAAUUUGAAAACGAAACCUAGACGCGUAAAGUAGGAUUAAUCCAAACCAACGAUCCGACAGUUACCAGCAGCCUGCAACGGGCCAACCAAUCAUCUCACUAAAUGCAAAUAUUAGUUCCAUUUUAUCCUCGAGCUAAAACGGAGAUUUUUAAUAUUUGCCCUGAUGAUUGUAACCCGCCCGUGUACCGUCUGCCCCCGCACUUUUUAGUUGUUGUUGUUGCUUUGAUCACCAUUUUAUUUUUUUACGCGUGAGAAACUGUGCCAUCUAUGGGCAAGCGGAGGAACUUUUCCCACUGCGAGGAAAAGUCAACGGUUGCUCAUCGGUCCGUGAUCGGCGGAGGAGUCUGCCACUGUCUGAAAGACCAACGGCGAUCGGACUGUUACCUGAAAUCUUUCUCACCGGGGGAAAUUUAGAUUAAUCAAACGAAAUUUGUUGUGUGAAAACUACUUCGUACCUGUGUCGGCAUCGUGUUCUUCGACCAACUACUGUAUAGCAAAUGGAGCUAAAUACAAUCAAACAAGCCAACAAUGACACCGAAAAACCUAACCUUUUCUUCGGUACUUAGUUUAAAAUGAACAGAUUUUUUUUCUUAUUUUGAAAAGCGGAGUUAUGGACGGAUUCAUGUCUUAAUUUUCAUGGGUCCCUUACGAGAGAAAAAAAAACUUUACCGCAGUGAUAAAGCAAUCAACGUAUGAUUUUUAUUAUUUUUCGUACGUUAAACGUACUAAACUAGUUCGUUUUAUUACUGUACUACUAAACUUAUGUGCAUAAAACCGAGCAACAAAAGGUUAAAAAUAAUAACCCAUGAUGAGAACUAAGUAUAGUUGAUAAAUAGGUGCAUAAAAAAACAAAGCAGAAUCGUGUAACAGUGCUAUAUUUACCACUCUAAUUGUUGUUGUUGUUGAAAAACAAAAGCAAAACUCGUGAUCAGGUGAUGCAAAUAAUAAAACGUUUGUAUUAGCGCAUAAACAUUCUGUCACAACAGAUCGCGGAAUUGUAUCAGAGAUGAAAACAAUGAACAUGAAAAAAUCGAGAAAU